AUGGCUGAAGUUCGGCCACAUGCUCUCGCUACCCUUGGUCCUGUUCACCCCCCAAAAGUCGAGAAAAGGGCCAUCAAACCCUCGAUCGCGAGACAUGUCAACAUCCGCGUCAACGAUCCGCUCGAUCAUGACGCACCGGCCAUUCUACAUGAACCUCGCAGCUACAACUUCAACGAAUCCAAGGGAUCAGCCGUCGUAAUGGUCAGUGGUGCAGGAGGGGGGUGUACUGUGUACCUAGGCAUCUACCCAUCGCUCGCAGACAAACUAGCCCUCCUACUCGGUAUCCCGUCUAUCAGACUUGAUUAUAGGAGACCUGCGAGGACAGAGUACUGUUCCGCCGACAUCGUAGCCUCUUUCACCUACCUGCGCGAGCACUUCAAUUCAUCGGCCUUCGUCCUCGUCGGCUGGUCCUUUGGCGGGAGUCCCUGCUUCACCGUCGCAGCCCAGGACGACCGCGUCCGCGGCGUGGCUACCGUUGCUAGCCAGACCGCCAAUACGGUGGGGAUCAAGAAAUUGAGUCCGCGGCCGGUGCUCUUGCUGCACGGGACUGAUGAUAAGGUGCUCUCGCCGACGUGCUCGGAGACGCUGUAUAGGGAGUAUGGAAAUACAGGCCCUCGAGAAAUUAGACUGCUUGCCGGGGACGAUCAUGGACUCACGAAACAUUCGACUGAAGUGGAGAAAAUGAUCUUUGAGUUUGCUGCUAAGACGCUUGGCUUUGAGAAGCUGUUGGAUCAGACGUUGGAUCAGGCAGGAGAGGAUCUGGUUGAGAGUCGGGAUGAGAGGAUUAGAGAGAUGGUAGAAGGGCACGACCUCGAGGGGGACGAGAGGUUGCAGUAG